AGCAAGAAACGCAUGACAAAUCACGUGAUUUUCCACUCAUUUAAAAUAUCACAAUCGAAAGCCAAGCAAAACAUUUCGCCAAGUGUCUUCGAGAGGUAGUUGUUUUUUUUGGCAUACUUGACAACCGGAAGCGAUGUGGCGAACGGCGUUCCUGUUGCUUUUGGCUGGGCUGUCAAUCAGCUCGGCCCGGCCCCGCCACCCUCCGCUCUCCCAUGAGAUGGUCAACUACAUCAACAAGGCCAACACUACCUGGAAGGCCGGCCACAACUUUCAGAACGCGGACUACAGCUACGUCAAAAGGCUCUGUGGAACCCUGCUCGAUGGACCCAAACUUCCUAUCAUGGUGCAGUAUGCCGCCGAUGUGAAGCUUCCUGCCAGCUUUGACCCCAGAGAGCAGUGGCCAAACUGCCCCACUUUGAAAGAAGUCCGAGACCAGGGUUCUUGUGGCAGCUGCUGGGCGUUUGGCGCCGCCGAGGCCAUCUCCGACCGCCUUUGUAUCCACAGCAAUGCCAAGGUCAGCGUGGAGAUCUCCUCGGAGGACCUCCUGACCUGCUGCGACAACUGUGGCAUGGGGUGUAACGGCGGGUAUCCAUCCGCUGCGUGGAACUUCUGGGCCACAGAGGGGCUGGUCUCCGGAGGGCUGUACGACUCUCACGUCGGUUGCAGGCCCUACAGCAUCCCUCCAUGUGAGCAUCACGUCAAUGGUUCACGACCCGCCUGUACAGGAGAGGAAGGCAACACCCCUGACUGUGUCCUGAAAUGUGAAGUUGGAUACACGCCUGACUACAAACACGACAAACACUUUGGUAAAAGUUCAUACGGCUUGCCCUCUGAUGAGAAGCAGAUCAUGGCUGAACUCUACAAGAACGGACCGGUGGAGGGCGCUUUCACCGUCUAUGAAGACUUCCUGAGCUAUAAGUCUGGUGUGUACCAGCAUGUGUCUGGCAACCCCGUAGGAGGUCAUGCCAUCAAGGUGUUGGGCUGGGGAGAGGAAGGAGGAACUCCUUAUUGGCUGGCUGCCAACUCCUGGAACACCGACUGGGGCGAAAACGGUUUCUUUAAGAUCCUGCGAGGCCAGGACCACUGUGGCAUUGAGUCUCAGAUGGUGGCUGGCAUCCCCUUGUAAUCGGGACGAGGAACCACGAAACGAUGGGAGAGGGACGCUGCAGAUUCACUAGUCCUGUCCACUAGAGGGAAGCCUUUCAUUUUGGCUGGUAUUCAUAGUGGAUCUAAUGCCCAGUUCCAAAUAGACCCCUAACCUGCCCCACGCCUAGGCACCACUGUAGUUCUACAAAGGGAAAGACAGCGAUGCUGUCAUUUAAUUCAUAGCUUUCCUAACCUGGGUCCCUAGGUUGAUAUUAAGGGUACUGGCUAUGGGUCGAUUUGAAACCGGGCAUGCAUGGAUGGGUCAUGGCUGAUCUUAAAAGGUUUAUUUGGUAAUUUUUAAUUUUUUUUAAACCACUGGUAAUGUAUUUGGCACGAUUUCAAUGAUGGCUCGUGCCAAAUUAAUGACAGAGUAUCUCCGGUGGCUCUGGCUGAACGGCACGCUGGGUGUGUCCCAAUUGUCUGUAGUGGCUUCCUGGUAUCCUUGCAGGCACUGUUCUUACGACAGACAGAAAGCAGCAUGGUAGGAUGCCUGCUGCAUAUCUGCUUUCACCUGUCCAGUUGUGAAAUGUCAGUGGAGGAAGCCACUGUGAACUGUUGAGACAAUCCCUGGUGAGUGACUAGAUGUUUGUAUUAUUGAGCCAAUGGGAACAAGAUUGCUAGCAGUGCUAGCUGCCCUCCCUGUUUGCCAUUUCACUACAAUGACUGGUGUGAGCCUUUUUAAAUGUUUUAGUCUUUAACUCCCUUUUAGUCAAUCAAUCACUGACUUGAGUUUUGCUGCACUAUAUAUAUUUUUUUAAACUUGGCUCAUGGAAGAACUUUGCCCCGAGUAGUUUUGUACUGACAGGUUGUGAAUUGAUUGCUGUUUUUAAUGCUUCUCUCCCUGCUCUGACCAAAUGUUCUGGAAUGAUUUGUAUUGAAUUACAUAUAAUAAAAUGGAAAAGACACCUGAA